CACACGUAUUGGUAAACUAUACAUUUUGCAUCGUUUGAUUCCGAUAAAAAACUUUGUAUAUAAACAGUGUCGCAAACCUCCAGUUCCAAUACAAGUUUGAUAGGUAUUGACUGUCAAUAAUGAAAGCCUUCAUAGCCUUAGCCUUAAUCGUGUCGGUGAGCGCCGUUCCCCUCCAGGAACUGGACAGUGAAUGGAUUGCAUUCAAGAAUGAAUUCCGUGGGAACUCCUACUUAGGAGCGGAAGAGGAGUCUAUGCGGCGACAGAUCUUUGAGCGAAAUUAUGAGUACAUCACUGCCCAUAACGCCGAGGCGGACAAAGGUCUCCACACUUUCCGAAUGGGUGUCAACCAGUUUGCAGACAUGACUAACGAGGAG